AUUACAAACAUAACCGUUAAAAUGGGAGAUAUAACUUUUUCUUUAAGGACAGUGUUGACACGGAUAAAUGGUUAAUGUAAAGUUUUAUUUUGUCAAUAUGGAAUAAUUUCCUGUUCAGAUACCUGGUCUGGUUUAAAACAAGUAUAUAAUAAUCCUUGACAUUCCUUAUAUGGUUGAAAAUAUUAACGAUAUGGAUUCUUCCAAUAACCAAAGUACGAUGUCGUGGAGUAGUGCAGGCCGAUCACGCGGAAGAGCAAAGUCAAUUGACAUUCAGUUAAGAAGGCCUGGAAUAAAUUCAUACAGCAAAUAUAAUCAAUACGUAUGCACUGAAAUUAUUGCUGGAAUUAAAAAGCUUACUAUCAAUGAGCGCAUACAACCUGAACAAAUAAAUGAAAUAGUUAAUCUUGUUCCUACUACUAAGGAUGAAGAAACGUUAAAGAACAUUUUCAAUACGCUAUAUAAACAUGCUUUGGAAGAUAGAAUUUUUGGCAUAAAAUUGGCAAGUUUAUUCAGCGAUGUAGCAUUUUUUUCCAUUGAAGUUAAUAAAAAUCAAAAUAUGCGAUAUUUAUUACUGAUUGCACUACAAAAUGAUUACAAAAGAAGGGAAGAAAUUAAAGAAGAAAGUAUUAUAUUGUUUCGGAACGUUAUCUCAUUACUCGGAGAAGUAUAUUAUCAAAUGACAUUAAUAUCGGGUAAACCUCUAAAAGUAUUAGAAAUACCAUUGCUCGAUUGUUGGAACAUGUUAUUAGAAACUGCAACUGAAGAAGAUAUUGAACUUGUCGCAACACAGAUUAUUAUUACUGGUAAAGGCAUGUAUGGAAGACCAGAAUUAGAUCAAUUUAUGUUAAAUAUAAGAAAAACUCUUACGAAUAAUACUUUAUCGAGCACAGCUAAAGAAAUGUUGUUAUUGACCAUUGAUUUAGCUAAUCAACAAUUUCAUUUAUUGCCGAAAAUUUUAAACGAUUAUUACGAUUCCCGUCUUGAUCCAGCUGUUCUGAUAUAUUUCCAUAGACACAACAGAGAACUCGAUAUUAAUGAAACCGAUGAAGAGCCGACAAAAACUUUGACGCAAAAGAAGAAUAAUGUAGAUCAAGAAUUUGACACAUGUAGUACUUCAAUGCUGCAACCUAAACAACAAGAAACAAUUCAAGCUGAAAAUUCAGAAGAAAAAGAUUAUUUGGUAAUGGAUACUCUCUCUCUCUCUUAUAAAAAAAAUUUUAGAACGGAAAAUACUAUUCCAAGAGCAAUACGUGGACCUGGAGCAAAUAAAAAUUUUCAAAAUAGAUCAAAAUCUAUUACAAAUCCAAUACCACCUAAAUCCAUGAGUAAGAACAAAGGAUGGGAACACGAUGAUCGAUUUGAAGAUGCUCAUGAUUGAUUUAUAAAUAAUGAACAGUACUAAUCGUAGAUAACUACAACUAUAAUUAAAUAUGUGUUACACAUAAAAAAAAAAGAAUAUCAAUUAAUGAACAAUAA